AUGGACCCCGUCACCGUUCUUGGCAUCGUCAACGCCGCCGCAAACCUCGGUCUCCGGUGCGUCAGCAUCGUGCACGCGCUGCACACGGCCGCCGAACGCUUCAAGACGGCACAGCUGUCCAUCGUGUCGCUCGUCGAGGAGUGCAGCACCAUCGAGCUGGCGUGGGACCAGCUGCGCGUCUACGUGGAGACGGAGCUGGCCAACGUGCCCGAAAACGAGCAAAUCGUCAACCGCAUCCAGCGCUCGCUCCACGCCGGCGAGCUGGUCAUCGCCGCGCUGCAGAAGGACCUGGACGAGGCGCUAUCGUCGCCCCUGAAGAGCGGCCUGCUCCAGCGCACCAAGGUCGUGUGGAAGGAAGAUAUUCUCAAAGACCACCAAUCGCGCAUCCGAGGCCAGGUCGGCGCCCUGACCCUUCUGCUGCAGGUCAUCAGAUUACCACGCCCGACGGAGCGCGAGCGGCUGCUCACGGUCAAGGCGCGCGUCUUCGACGACUCGGACGCGAGUGCGUACAGCAUUGUCCCCUCGAUAUGCGACACGGCUUCCAUCAGCUCCCGCGCGACGCAGACCACGACGGCCACCGAGGCAGGCGACGACAUCCGCUACAUCCCGCUAGACUUCGAGGACUCACUCUUCACAUCGUGGGUGUACAAGCGCAACUUCCGGCGGCCCGGCCAGGCUCCGUCCGCGAUGCCGCCGCCAACGACCAGGCGGUUCUCGCUGGGCCGCCGGAGCCUGCGCAGCAAUCCGCGGAGCAGCAGCAGCUCCCAGUCCCCCGACGACACGGCAUCCGUGGCCGCGGCGUCGUCCAGCGACGGUAGCAGCGCCAUCUUCUCUUCCACCACGUCGGCCGGGUCGAGCGAUCGCGUGCGGAGGCCUUCCUUGGUCAGCCCCAUCACUCCCGUAACGCCCCUCGGAUUUUCCGAACGGGCCUCGUUUUCAUCCUCGUCGACAUGUCCAGAUGCCGAGGGGGCCGACAAGUUGACUAAACUGUUCGAAGUCAUGGGCCUUCCCAAAGACGAAGCAGCACGACGAAAGAGAGAAAUGACGAGAAGACCGUAG